GGAUUUAAGGUUUAACAGUCAAAGCCAAAUUGAUCUGCAACUACAGCAAAUGUACUCCAAAGCAGAUAGAGAGAGUCCUCGAAUAGAUUUUCGAAAGAAUAUAAGCUGCUUCUCUUCCUCGCUCUCCCACCGAGAGCGUUAGCAGGGAAAUUACCAUGGACGACAGCUUGUAUGACGAAUUUGGGAACUACAUAGGUCCGGAGAUCGACUCUGACGAAGAGUCCGAUGGAGAAGAAGAUGAGCGAAUGCAGGAGCGCGAGGACGAGGAAGAGGGUGGCAACGAGGGCGAUGGCGAAGAGGCCUGGCUUACUCGCGGCGGCGCUGACGGUCCUGAGCGCGGCCUCGGGGAGGGCGAGGGCGACGACUUUGAUAUGGAUAUGAAGACAGACAUGGAAGGGCAAAUCGUUCUUGCAGAGGACAAGAAAUACUACCCCACUGCGGAAGAAGUGUAUGGCCAAGGCGUGGAAACCCUGGUGAUGGACGAGGAUGCCCAGCCGCUGGAGCAGCCCAUUAUCAAGCCCGUCAGAAACAUUAAGUUCGAGGUGGGCGUCAAGGACUCUUCCACCUACGUCUCCACUGAUUUCUUGCUUGGCUUAAUGUCGAACCCCACGCUGGUGAGAAAUGUUGCUCUGGUGGGACACAUCCAGCACGGCAAGACAAUGUUCAUGGACAUGCUAGUGGAGCAGACCCAUCACAUUUCUACUUUUGAUGUUCACAGCGAGAAGCAUAUGAGGUACACCGACACUCGGAUUGACGAGCAGGAACGCCAGAUUUCUAUCAAGGCGGUUCCCAUGUCGCUUGUUUUGGAGGACAGUAAUGCCAAAUCCUACCUCUGCAAUGUCAUGGAUUCCCCCGGCCAUGUUAACUUUUCCGACGAGAUGACAGCCGCUCUUGCGCUUGCCGAUGGCGCUGUGCUAGUUGUCGAUGCUGCGGAGGGUAUCAUGGUCAAUACCGAAAGGGCUAUUCGCCAUGCUAUACAAGAAAGGCUUCCAAUAGUUGUCGUUAUCAACAAGGUGGAUAGAUUGAUCACAGAGCUAAAAUUGCCACCGACAGAUGCUUAUCACAAGCUGAAGCACACUUUAGAAGAUAUCAAUCACUUGAUUACUACAUUCUCAACUGGAGCAGGGGGCUCCCAAUUAGUUGAUCCGAUUAUUGGGAAUGUUUGUUUUGCUAGUGCCACUGCAGGGUGGUCUUUCACCUUACAAUCAUUUGCUAAGAUUUAUGUAAAACUCUAUGGAGUUCCAUUUGAUGCAACCCGUUUUGCAUCCCGUUUGUGGGGAGAUAUGUAUUUUCAUCCAGAUACUAGAGCCUUCAAAAAGAAACCUCCCUCAACAGGAGGUGAGAGGUCAUUUGUGCAGUUCAUUCUUGAACCGCUAUAUAAAAUUUACAGCCAAGUGAUUGGUGAACACAGGAAGAGUGUGGAGACUACUCUAGCAGAGUUAGGUGUGACACUUAGCAAUGCAGCAUACAAACGUAAUGUAAGGCCAUUGCUGAGAUUGGCUUGCAGUUCUAUAUUUGGGUCUGCAACUGGAUUCACAGAUAUGCUAGUCCAACAUAUUCCUUCUGCAAAGGAUGCUGCAGCUAAAAAGAUAGAGCAUAUAUACACAGGUCCACAAGACACAUCAAUUGCCCAAGCUAUGAAAAACUGUGAUCCUGGUGGUCCUCUUAUGGUCAAUGUAACCAAAUUAUACCCAAAAGCUGAUUGCAGUGUUUUUGAUUCUUUUGGUAGGGUGUAUAGUGGUACUAUACAAACAGGUCAAACUGUACGAGUAUUGGGAGAGGGAUAUUCUCCUGAUGAUGAGGAGGACAUGGCCAUCAAAGAAGUGACUAAAUUAUGGGUAUAUCAAGCUCGAUAUCGAAUACCUAUAAGCAAAGCGCCUGCUGGGUCCUGGGUUUUGAUAGAGGGUGUGGAUGCUUCAAUUAUGAAGACAGCAACACUCUGUCCUGAGUAUCUUGAUGAAGAUGUUUUUAUUUUCCAUCCAUUACGGUUUAACACAUUAUCAGUUGUGAAAACAGCAACUGAACCUUUGAAUCCAAGUGAAUUGCCAAAGAUGGUAGAAGGGCUUCGUAAAAUCAGUAAGAGUUAUCCCUUAGCCAUAACAAAGGUGGAGGAGUCAGGUGAACAUACUAUUUUGGGUACUGGGGAGAUCUAUUUGGACUCUAUCAUGAAGGACCUAAGGGAACUUUAUUCAGAAGUUGAAGUAAAGGUGGCCGAUCCUGUAGUUUCCUUCUGUGAAACUGUGGUUGAGUCAUCUUCAAUGAAAUGUUUUGCAGAAACACCUAACAAGAAAAAUAAGAUUACCAUGCUAGCAGAACCACUUGAAAAAGGUUUGGCAGAGGAUAUAGAAAAUGGCGUCGUAAGCAUAGAUUGGCCAAGGAAGAAGUUGGGUGAUUUUUUCCAGACCAAAUAUGAUUGGGAUUUGCUUGCGGCUCGUUCGAUAUGGGCAUUUGGACCAGAUAAGCAGGGUCCAAACAUACUUCUAGAUGACACACUUCCGAGUGAAGUUGACAAAAGCUUGCUGAAUUCCGUGAAGGACUCAAUUGUGCAAGGAUUCCAGUGGGGUGCUCGAGAGGGACCUCUGUGUGAUGAACCCAUUCGUAAUGUCAAAUUCAAAAUUCUGGAUGCAACAAUAGCACAAGAGCCUUUGCAUCGUGGUGGUGGUCAGAUAAUUCCUACUGCUAGACGAGUUGCUUAUUCUGCUUUUCUAAUGGCAAGCCCACGUUUAAUGGAGCCAGUGUAUUAUGUAGAGAUCCAAACUCCCGCCGACUGUAUUUCUGCAAUCUAUACGGUGCUGUCCCGUAGGCGAGGGCAUGUCACAGCUGACGAAGCAAAGCCCGGAACACCAUCGUAUAUUGUAAAGGCUUUUUUACCAGUUAUAGAAUCGUUUGGUUUUGAGACAGAUUUAAGAUACCAUACACAGGGGCAAGCAUUUUGUCUUUCUGUCUUUGAUCACUGGUCUAUAGUGCCUGGAGAUCCACUAGAUAAGUCUGUUGUAUUGCGACCAUUGGAGCCUGCACCUGUCCAGCAUCUUGCACGUGAGUUUAUGGUGAAAACUAGACGGAGAAAGGGUAUGAGCGAGGAUGUGAGCAUUAACAAGUUUUUCGAUGAUCCUAUGUUGCUUGAAAUGGCAAGACAAGAUGCUGAUUUUCAGCAGAUCUUGUAGACCAAUUGAAUGAUAGAUUUUUAUUAAAUUUGAGAAUAGCUGCUAUAUUGAAUCUUGAUAGACAACCUGCGGUACGGGUGAUCUGCUUCUGUUGCAUGUGUAACAUGUAUGUGCCAAUAAAUGAUGCUCAUUCCGGUGAAAUCCAAAGUAUAAUGCAGAAAAAGAAACUGUAUAUUACUACUUAUUAAUGUGCAUUCAAGCAUUGACCAAUGACGCAGUUGACAUUUGUUAA